AAAAAUGAAAUUUUUAGGCCAAGUAGAAAAGGACAAGAAGAGAGAGAGAGAGAAAACCAAAAAAACCUUGCUCGAUACGCCACCGUCGUCGUCUUUAACCCAAUCUAAAAUCCUCAAUUCAAUAUCUUUUCAUCUCAGAGAUCAUUUCAUAAAAAUAAAAAUAAAAAGUUUCCGUUUUUAGCGAAUCCUCUGUUUCUGAAAGCUUUAAAGUUGUCUCCUUUAAUUAAAACCAUCAUGUCUUCGACUUCUUUCACCGACCUGCUUGCCUGUUCCGGCGUUGACUGUUACGAAGAUGAUGAAGACUUGCGAGUUCCCGGGUCGAGUUUUGGUGGGUAUUACCCGGAGAGAACUGGGUCGGGUUUACCCAAGUUUAAGACGGCUCAACCACCUCCUCUUCCGAUUUCACCAUCUUCUCAUAAUUUCACCUUUUCCGAUUUCCUUGAUUCUCCUCUCCUCCUCAGCUCCUCACACAGUUUGAUAUCUCCAACAACAGGAGCGUUCCCAUUUCAAGGCUCAAACAAUCACUCAGAGUUUCCAUGGCAGCUACAACCACAACCGCAACCAUCAAACGCUUCUUCCGCUUUGCAAGAAACAUAUGGUGUUCAAGAUCACCAGAAGAAGAAGCAGGAGCUGAUUCCUCGUGAGAUUGGAACACAAAACAACAACCAAAGUUUUGGAUCAGAUCGUCAGGUCAAGGUACCAUCGUACAUGGUGAGUAGGAACUCUAAUGAUGGUUAUGGUUGGAGAAAGUACGGUCAGAAACAAGUGAAGAAGAGCGAGAACCCGAGGAGUUACUUCAAGUGUACAUAUCCCAAUUGUGUUUCCAAGAAGAUUGUUGAGACUGCUUUUGAUGGACAGAUCACUGAGAUCAUUUACAAAGGUGGUCAUAAUCAUCCUAAGCCUGAGUUCACCAAGAGACCAUCACAAUCUUCAUUACCAUCAUCGGUUAAUGGGAGGCGUUUGUUUAAUCCUGCGUCUGUUGUUAGUGAACCACAUGAUCAAUCAGAGAACUCUUCGAUUUCGUUUGAAUAUAGUGAUCUUGAGCAGAAAAGCUUUAAAUCAGAACAUGGUGAGAUAGAGGAUGAUGAUGAACAGCCUGCGAUUAAGAGAAUGAAAAGAGAAGGUGAAGAUGAAGGCAUGUCUAUUGAAGUGAGCAGAGGAGUGAAAGAACCAAGAGUUGUGGUUCAAACAAUAAGUGACAUUGAUAUUCUUGUAGAUGGCUUUAGAUGGAGGAAGUAUGGUCAAAAAGUUGUCAAGGGAAAUACUAAUCCAAGGAGCUACUACAAGUGCACAUACCAAGGUUGUGGAGUGAGGAAGCAAGUGGAAAGAUCCGCAGCUGACGAGAGAGCGGUUCUCACUACCUAUGAAGGAAGACACAAUCAUGAUAUCCCAACCGCGCUACGUCGCUCAUAAUAACAACAUUCUUGGGACUUAGUCAUUAGUAAUCUCAUAUAGGAUUUGGAUCAGAAAGAAAAAACACUCUUACUAUGGCUUAUCUUUUGUGCUCAAUACAGUUUGUUUAUUUGUUUGUUACACAGUCAAUACUUUGUUUUGUACAGAGUGGUGUUUAGUAGUUUUUUUUUAUCAUGGGCCUUACAGAACCCCUUUUCUCAUCUGUGUGACUUUAAACACUUGAGAGUCCAUUUUAUUUCUUGAGUCUUGGUCUUUUUCUUGAUUUGUGUACAUUAUACAUUCAAGCUUCAUAAGCUAAUAAUAAUGGUAUGUAAUCCCACUUUGCUUGA